GCCUAAUCUCUUUGUCCACAAACCGACAAAAUUCCUUCAACAAUAAAACCCCUUCCCUUCUUCCCCUCCCAAAAAUUUCAAUCCUCCUCUCUUUCCCUUGUUGAGUUGGCCAGAACACUUGUUUAUAUUUGGUUUUGAGUUUUAGCAUUCGGCAAACUCAAAAAAAAAAAAAAAAAAACACUUAAUUGUACGUAGAACACAAGGGCCAAGACAGAGUUAAAAGUGAUCAUCAGGCAGUAUAUAUGAAGAACCCUCAAUCGCCCCUGCCACCAGGCUUUAGGUUCCACCCAACAGAUGAAGAGCUCAUCCUUCAUUAUCUGAGCAAAAAGGUGGCUUCCACACCCUUGCCGGUUUCCAUCAUCGCGGAGGUUGAUAUCUACAAGUCUGACCCAUGGGACUUACCAGCCAAAGCUGCGUCUGGUGAGAAAGAAUGGUACUUCUUCAGUCCUAGAGAUCGCAAAUACCCAAAUGGUGCCAGGCCAAACAGGGCAGCCGCUUCGGGGUAUUGGAAGGCAACUGGUACAGACAAAACCAUAUUGACAUCAUUAGCAGGAGGAGGAGGAGGAGGACGCCACAACAUUGGUGUGAAGAAGGCCCUUGUGUUCUACAAGGGAAGACCACCCAAGGGAGUCAAAACCAAUUGGAUCAUGCACGAAUAUCGCCUUGCCCAACCCCCCAACGCCUACAACAACAAGCCCUUGAAGCUUAAAGAUUCGUCCAUGAGGUUAGACGAUUGGGUUCUUUGCCGGAUCUACAAGAAGUCCAUUACUACUUUACCUCCAACGGCAGAUCAAGAAGAAGAAGAAGAAGAAGAUACCAUUUUACCAAGCCUUAAAAGUCCCCUUGGCCACAACACUCUCAUGCCCCAGAAAUCUUCUUCUUUCUCAAACUUAUUCGAUGCCAUGGACUACUCCGUGCUAAGUAGUUUACUAUCCGACAAUCAUUGUAACCCACCUGGACUCGAAUCAACACUAUUCAAUUGGGGGAGUCUAGACCAGCUGCCUUUACUCAAUGACUCCACAAUCACUAGCACCUCCACCUCCACCACCACCAGCUAUCUGUUUCAAAAGCUCCCUCAACUCAACUACACGGAAAACCAGCUCAAACGCCAGCAUUCCAACUUGGAUGAGGAUAUGUUAUACCCAGCAAAGAAACGCAUGAAUUCCUGCAGUUUCAGUAACAGCACCAGUCAAUCAGACAUCCCUCAGUACAAUAUAUUAAACCAGUCAUUCUUCAAUCAGCAGCUACUUUUGAGUCCUCAUCUCCAAUUUCAAAAAUAAGGAGAAAAAAACGCAUUUAUAAACAGGUAGGAAGAUGCCAAUUAAGUAUGGAAUCGGAGGGAGAAAAAAAAGAAAAAAAGAAAAAGGACACUGUUUCUAAUUAAGUCCAAAGAUUGUUGAAAAGAAAGACGGAGUUUUUAUGAAAUCAUAUAUACAUGAUUUUUGUGCCGAAGUCUUGGGUUGGCAGACAGACUUCAUACCUGUACAGAUACUAUAUUUGGUUUGAUUGCUAUGAUCGUAUGAUCUUCUUUUGUUUGGAGGAAAAAAAAAAGGCUUGAUAUAUAUGCAUUAUUGGUCCACUUCAGUUUGAA